AUGGCAACACCAUUACAAGAUAUCACAAAUAUACCUCCUCAACAAUACUCUAUAUCAGAUACUCACAAUAACACCGGAGCUGGUUCAAGUAAUAUACCAAACGAUCCAAAUAUGGAAAUUAGACAAAAUGUUCGAGCAUCCCAUAAUUGUGCUCGAAAUUUUCAAGAGGAUGCAACAAUAAUUCGAACUCCGCUACCAAUCCCAAGGACAUGUCAUUACUGUAGCGCACGUCUAUUUCACCAUGAGAUGUUCGAGAUGUGCUGUAAUGGGGGAAAAGUCUCUCUUCCCCGAGUAAAUGCUCCUCAGGAAUUGCUUGAAAUAUUUUUGGACCCCUCUGCAGAAGGAAACCAUUUUAGAAAACAUAUUCGUGGAUACAAUCAUGUAUUUUUCUUCACUUCGUGUGGUGUGCACAUAGACGAACAAAUGGCUAUAACAGGUCGUGGUAUAUAUACAUUUCGUCUUGCACAACGGUCAGAUGUACAUGAGUGUAGUUUGGUCAUUAGAGAGCGACCUGCUAAUCAGCCACAAUAUAGUCUUCCAACUGCGUCGCAGGUAGCAGCUAUAAUUGUUGGUGAUGACGUUGAAACAAUGAUUCGUGGGCGAGAUAUUAAGGUGUAAACUCAUGCUGGUAGCCUACAAAGGAUUCA